AUGUCAAGUGUUACUAUUUUUAUUAUCCUCAUCAUUGGGAUCAUCCAAUCCUUGGUCUGCAUGUUUCAUUUCUGCCAUGAAAAGGAGGACCCAGUUCCCCCUGAUACCAGAUUUGAAGGACAGGUUGUGGAACAGUUCAUGGAACCACUUGAGGAGGGCAAGUUUCCUGGCUCCACAGCCCUUCACAUGCUGCCAGCUGAACUUCUGCACUCUCUCUAUUCAGGAUGUAGCUGCCCCUUGCAACUGCACACAAACAGCCGAUUUGCUAGAGGUGUAGAAAUACUAUUCCUGGGCUACCUCCUUUCUCUUCCCUGGGGCUUGUCCCUCAUUUCUCGCCACCACCUCCUGCCCCCACAACCCAGCCCUAGGAAUCCCCGGACAGGCCUAAUCCAAGACUAUGCUAGGUUACCCCUACAUCACAUGCAGGGCUCUGGUGGUUGUUCCAAGACAACAAAACGGAGAUGCAAAACUUUCCCAGUGUUAACAACUUGGGGAAUCUACUUAGAGUUCACAUUUGCUUAA